AUGUUUGCCCUCAACAGCACCCUGGGGGCAGAUGAUUGCAUCAAAAGGACAGAGGCCCAUGGGCAGAGCUCAGAGGCGGAAAAGGAGCCUACGACCGAACCUCAGAAUGGCUUUGACAUGAUCUACAGCAUCGAGGACGUCCCGCCCUGGUACCUGUGCAUCCUACUGGGGCUCCAGCACUACCUGACCUGUUUCAGUGGGACCAUCGCAGUGCCCUUCCUCCUGGCAGAGGCCAUGUGUGUGGGGCGGGACCAGUACACCAUCAGCCAGUUGGUGGGCACUAUCUUCACCUGCGUGGGCAUUACCACCCUCAUACAGACCACCUUCGGAGUCAGACUGCCUCUCUUCCAGGCCAGUGCUUUCGCCUUCCUCAUUCCAGCCCAGGCCAUCCUGAAGCUGGACAAGUGGAAAUGUCCCCCUGAUGAGGCGAUAUAUGGGAACUGGACUCUUCCACUCGACACCGGACAUAUCUGGCACCCAAGAAUAAGAGAGAUCCAGGGGGCCAUCAUGGUGUCCAGCGUGGUGGAGGUGUUCAUCGGCCUGGUGGGGCUCCCCGGUCUCCUGCUCAACUACAUCGGGCCCCUGACGGUCACCCCGACCGUGUCCCUCAUCGGCCUUUCAGUCUUCCAGACCGCGGGCGACCGAGCUGGGUCACACUGGGGCCUCUCCAUGAUGUGUGUAUUCCUCAUUGUGCUGUUUGCCCAGUACCUGCGCAACUGGGCCGUCUCUCUCCCCACCUACAACAGGCAGGAGGGCUGCACCACCACCAAGGUCCAGAUCUUCAAGAUGUUCCCGAUCAUCAUAGCGAUCAUGGUGGUCUGGCUGUUGUGCUACGUGCUCACACUCACGGAUCUCUUGCCCCGGGACCCCAGUCAGUACGGACACAAGGCGCGCACUGACGCCCGAGGCGAAAUCAUGUCCCUCGCCCCCUGGUUCCGACUGCCGUAUCCCUGUCAGUGGGGGUUGCCCACGGUGACGGUUGCCGGGGUGCUGGGCAUGUUCAGUGCCACCCUAUCGGGGAUAGUGGAGUCCAUAGGGGAUUACUACGCCUGUGCUCGGCUCUCAGGGGCCCCACCACCACCGAUCCAUGCCAUCAACAGGGGUAUCUUCACGGAGGGCAUUUGCUGCAUCAUCGCGGGGCUGCUGGGUACUGGGAACGGCUCCACCUCCUCCAGCCCAAACAUCGGGGUGCUGGGCAUCACCAAGGUAGGCAGCAGGAGGGUUGUGCAGUACGGUGCCGCCAUUAUGUUCGUCCUAGGGACCGUGGGGAAAUUCACUGCCCUGUUUGCCUCUCUGCCUGAUCCCAUUCUCGGGGGAAUGUUCUGCACCUUGUUUGGAAUGAUCACGGCAGUGGGCCUGUCCAACCUGCAGAACGUGGACCUGAACUCCUCUAGAAACCUCUUCGUCCUCGGAUUCUCCAUGUUCUCCGGCCUGAUGCUCCCAAACUACCUGGACGCACACCCGGGCAGCAUUCGCACAGGAGUUGCAGAACUGGACCAGAUCAUCACUGUGCUGCUCACCACCGAGAUGUUUGUGGGGGGGUUCCUCGCCUUUGUGCUGGACAACACCAUUCCUGGCACCAGAAAGGAGCGGGGUCUAUUAGAGUGGACGGCGAGUCACUCCUCCAGCUGCUCGACGGACAUGCGCACUUACGAGUUCCCCGUGGGCAUGGGCUGCGUGCGGAGGACCGACUGCCUACGCUACCUUCCCAUCAGCCCCAGCUUCCAGGGCUUCUCCCUGCACAGGAGGAAGUGCAGAGCGCAGAGCACGGACCAGGCUGAGAAGCCGAGCCCAGAGAAUCCACAGCCAGACGCCACAGUCGUUUUGGCCUCGACUGAAGUAUAACAAAAAAUCUUUCUUUUUUUAAAAUGUAGUUGUAUUAUUUAU